CUUUUUCCUACCAACCAAUGCGGUCUACAUAUUUUCUAUCGCUAUGAAUUCAAGAAGUAAAAGCGCUAUAUUGCAUUUAAGUUCAGAUGACACAGAAUCAUUUUCGAAGGCGAAUUAUUGUGACUGCAACGAUUUCGAUGAACCGAAAAUGAACUUAAAAAUGGUACUUGAAAAUAAGCUAAGAGACAUGGAAUUUAAAUUGGCAAUUGCCAACGAAAAGUUGGCCAUAUUUGACGAUAAAAUUAAGGACAAAAACGAGAUAAUUGAGGCCUUAAAAAUGUCUAACAACCUUUAUAAAUCAGAUUAUAAGGAUAGAUUUGAUGCUCAGGCAAGCAUAAUUGAAAAACUAGAGGAGGAAUUGUCAACCUUAAGAAAAGCGAAGUUAAACUCUAGCCAAGAUCUUGAGACAACCAAAAAUAAAUCAAAGUUAAGAUCAACAAUUUUUUUUUUUAAAGAAAGCGAAAAGGAAAAAAAGUUACUUAUUUCUUCCCUCGAAGCGCAGAUUAAAGAGAAGGCUAAAACGGAAAUAGAAAACUCACAACUUAUUAAGUCCUUAAAGUCUCAGAUAGGCGACAAUGAUGUAAAGCUAAAGGACAAACAAGAUCUUAUAGCAACACUCGAAGCUCGUUUGAAAGAAAGCGAUAGUAAAAAUAUUGAAAACGAACAUAUGAUCCAAUCUCUAAGCGUUAAAAUGUGUAGGAUAAUUUCUGAAGAGAAAGAAUAUAAAUCUCUUAUAGCAACCCUCAAAAAUCAGAUAGGCCAAAAAAGCGAAACACUGGAAAAAAAUAAAGGGAUAAUAACUUCACUCAAGGCUCAAAUAAAGGAGAAAGAUAAAAUAAAUGGUGAAAACUCAAAAGUUAUAGCAAAUCAUAAGGCACAGAUUAAAGAAAAAGAUGACCAAAUCACAUAUUUGGAAUUGGGUCUAAAUUUGGAAACUUGUAAAACGCGGGAAAAGGAUGAGCUAUUAAACGAUCAAGCUGCUACCAUAAUGAAACUGCAAUCUAAUCAGGAGAGAGUGAAAGAAACCCAUAAACUUAUACCAUCAGAGGGUCAACAAAUUUCCAACGCUUUGUAAACAAAUUUAUUUAAUAAAACAUAUAUACUUUUAUAUCGCAAAGAAGAAUGUUGUACAUUUCAGCUUUAUGUCAGC